CCCUCCCUCUCCACUAAAGCAGCUUCAAGCCAUCCUCUCAGAGCAGCUCAGGCGCUGAUCGGACGGCGCACUGAACGCACAGCUCCAGCUCACAUCUCCACUCCGAUCUCUCCCAGAGUCCGAGUCCAAACUGCUGCAGAAUGGACACACUUUACGACCAGCGAGUGCCUUUCAGUCAUGCACAUGGAAAGGCAUGCAGUAACAGACUGGCAAAAGAAAAGAAAAGGAAAUUCAUUAACUCUGACCUGGCUUUGGACACUGAGGAGCUUUUCCAAGAUCUCAGCCAACUUCAAGAGACCUGGCUGGCAGAAGCUCAAGUUCCGGACAAUGAUGAGCAGUUCGUUCCUGACUUUCAGGGUGAAAACUUGGCAUUCCACGGGCUGCAGUUGAGGAUAAAGCGUGAGCCCCACAGCCCCUGUGCUAAUCUGGGAUCCUCCUGCAGUCAGGAAAGACCCUUCAAGCUCCAAUAUGGAGAGAAAUGCAUGUACAACACCAGUGUCUACGAGCAAAAGCAUGCAGCAGGAAUGAAGGGCUCCAGUCCUGCGACUACGCCCUGCAGCACGCCCGUGUCCCCCCAUCAGCACCAUGUGUCUCCCAGCGCUGGCCUCACCCCCAAACCAGACAGAACAUACCCCCACCUCAACGGCCCACAUCCCCUCCCUGACAACACCUACAACAUUGACCACAGGUUCCGGCGUCAGCUGUCAGAGCCGUGUCAUUCGUUCCCUUCGCCGGCACCGGCUCCGAUGGGGCGAGACGGGCGUCCCUUGUACCACAGACAAAUGUCUGAACCCAGCAUUCCCUACCAGUCCCAAGGGUUUAAGCAGGAAUACUCGGAUCCACUGUUUGAGCAUCCACUCAUGGUGGGAGCCCCCCUGCCUCAAUCCUACCCCCCUUCUAUGAUGAUAAAGCAAGAGCCGCGAGAUUUCACCUAUGACUCAGAAGUGCCAAGCUGCCACUCGGUUUACCUGAGACAAGAGGGUUAUUUGGCUCAUGCAAACAGAACUGAAGGUUGCAUGUUUGAUAAAGGCGCCAGGCAUUUCUAUGAUGACACGUGUGUAGUACCAGAGAAGGCUGAAGGGGAAAUCAAACAGGAGGCAGGGCUUUACCGUGAGGGUCCCACCUAUCAGAGGCGUGGCUCACUGCAGCUCUGGCAGUUCCUGGUGGCCCUGCUGGACGACCCCUCCAACUCCCAUUUCAUUGCGUGGACUGGCCGAGGAAUGGAGUUCAAACUCAUCGAACCUGAGGAGGUGGCACGGCGCUGGGGGAUCCAAAAGAAUCGCCCUGCCAUGAACUACGACAAACUCAGCCGCUCGUUACGCUACUACUACGAGAAAGGGAUCAUGCAGAAGGUGGCGGGUGAGAGAUACGUCUAUAAGUUUGUAUGCGACCCCGAGGCCUUGUUCUCCAUGGCCUUCCCUGACAAUCAGCGGCCCGUGCUGAAGACCGACAUGGAGAGGCAGAUCAACGAGGAGGAGACAGUGCCACUGUCACAUUACGACGAAAGCGUGGCAUACGUUCAGGACGGAGCUUACUGCAACCCGCACCCUUACAGCGAAGGCUACGUUUACUGAUCAUCGAGCACAGACUCUGCCACAUUGAUCUCACCUUUUAAAAUUCGUAAGAAUUCACAACUAGUAUGAAAAGUUAUGAACGUUUCAGUGUGUGUGUGUGUGUGUGUGUAUGUGUGUUGGGGGGAACCGCUCGUAGCUUUUCUUACAACUCCAUUCAUAUGAAAUCCAACAACGACAACAACAAAUAGAAAAAUCGCUCUCAGUCAUUAGAAUUCUUACGAAUUUUGAGUGAGAUCAGGACUUUGGAUUCCUCUUUCUGUCGUCUCCGUCAUUCCCCGGGACAAAGAGUGCACUUUAUGGACAGAGACGGGCAGCGUGUAAAACCUACUGUCCUAGUUACGGUAGUCGCUCCUUCGAUGUUUGUUUCUUUUUCAAUAAAUGUGGGGGAAUUUGAGCAUGCCAGAUUCACAUACGGCAAAUUCUGAAGAAAUUGGCUGUUUCUGGAAAUAUGUGUUCAUCUACUUAGGCAGGUUUCUAGUCUGGAGAACGUGGGUGAAUAAAUCUCAACCUCUUUUACUAAGAUCUCUUUAAAUCAUUUGUGGAGUGCUCAUUUAUUUUCAUUACCCAUCUACUUGGUGUCAUUCUGAGUAGCAGCUAAUAAUUCAGUGUAUUUGUAUCAGAAUAAAGCCGAUCAAACUCUCCACCGUGAAACGAAACAAGCACACAUCUGAGGUGAUUCAUGAUUCAGCGGGUGAGCAAGAGCCCAUAAAAUACACUUACCUGUUAUUAAGGAAUAAGUGAUGAAGUACUACAACGGAGGAACU